AUGGCUUUAUACCCACAGAAUGCAGUUUUCAUUAAUAGGAGAAGCGAUGUCUCCACACCGUCGAUGACGGUGGAUCCCUCGGGGUACGCAAAGAUCUCUGAAAAAGGUCUUGCUUCAGGCCGCAAAAUCAAACUGGACACACCAGAGAGUGAAUUCAAUGAAGAGCUAGAUGCGUAUGCAAAUCUUCUCGAAGAUGAAGCUGUAGGAUCUUCACCAGCUGCGCCAGUACGUCCAAUACCGCUAGGAAUUGAAGCCAAAAGUGAUGGUGAAAUUCCACCUGAAGUAUGGCCAGAAGAUGACCCUUAUGAGCAAGUAAUACGGCAAUCAGUAGCAGCAAUCUGUUCAUCGGUUGGAUUUGAUGCAAUCGAUGCGAAUAUUUUGGAAACUUUGGCGCAGCGCUUAAAAAACUAUGUGUGUUCCAUCAGCUUGGGUGCAAAACUACACUGUGAGGUAGCUGGUCGAACGGUUCCCAUUGCUACAGAUGUAUGGUUAGCUUUAGCGGAUAUAGGGCAUAAGGUCGAUCAGCUACCGGGAUAUCUCCGCCAUCUCCGUGUCACAGGGACGAUCGCUAUUGCUCCACCUCGCGAACGUCAAGAACCGCCACUUCUGCCACCUAUGCUCGUUGGACAGUCUCGUCCGCAUCCUCCUUAUGUACAUGAAUUUUUUCCGCCUUUUCCAGAACCACAUACCUAUAUCCAUACUGAGAUUUCGGGAGAGCCAGAUUUGACAUACGAGGCAGUUAGAAAAACAGCAGCUCAACGUAGGAGAGAAAUGGAACGGUCUCUUAUCAACUAUAUGAUGUGCAUGCACCCUCACACAACUUUGUUCCCGCAGUUCGAGUCGAAAAUACGAAAUGAGGCAAAGCAAUACUUACGCGAAAUCGAAAGAGAUAAGGAAUUCCGGAGGCAACGCAAAGAAGCUAUCAAAGCUGGAGUUAUCGAAGACAGAUAUAGGAUUGGAGAUAAUGAAACCGAUGACUCUGACAGUGACCCAGUGUCUGACGAAGAUCUCGAAGAAGUUGCGGAAACGGAGAUGAACUUGGUUUUGCAACGUAUUCCCCCUACUUGUACCGUUAUCAACCCUAUGCCGGAAUUACGGCCAUAUAUGUCAUGCCUAAGAUCAGACGAGAUGAAGGAAAAAGGUGAUGAUGACGAUGAGGAGGAGGAAAGCGACAAGAAAGAAAAUGGAGACGGCACGGCUUUGGGAAGGACAAGAAACGCGGGUGGUGGAGGGGAGGAGGGUGAAAGUCAAGGGCAGGUAAUAAUUUUUCGUUUCUUUUCAUUCAAAUCUGAAACUUUAGUUGACUACCUUGGUUCUUGA